AUGGAACCCAACCCAGCAAACAUCGAGCCCCAAAGCGCCAAAAACCUCGAGACGUCGUCUUCAGAGCCCCGCCGCAACAGCUAUGCCGCCACCGAAAAGAGUCGCUGGGAGAGGCUCUGGCCUGUCAUUGCUUGUGGAGCAGGCCUGUUCAGUGAUGGAUAUCUGAAUAACGUUAUUGGAUCCGUCAACACCAUGCUCAGCAAGAUCUACCCGACCACUUACGCCCACAGCUCCGCCCAGAACAACGUCUCCUCCAUUACCUUCGCCGGCACCGUGGUUGGUAUGCUUUUCUUCGGCUACACCAGUGACCAUUUCUCGCGCAAGUGGUCCCUUAUGGCCUCCACCCUGAUCAUCAUCCUGUUCGCUAUCCUCGGCACCGCUUCUUACGGCGCUGGAGGCAGCCCCGGCGGCCUCUUCGCUGCCCUGACUGCAUAUCGCUUCUUUCUCGGAAUUGGCAUUGGUGGAGAGUACCCCGCUGGUAGUGUCGGGUGUGCCGAGAGCACUGGAGAACUGAAGAGCGGGACGCGUAACAGGUGGUUUAUCUUGUUCACCAACGUUCAGAUCGAUAUCGGAUUCGUCAUUGCAGCCAUUGUGCCAUUAGUUGUUGUCCUCGCAACGUCUGAAGACCACCUCCGCGCAGCAUGGCGCAUCUGCCUGGGCAUCGGCAUCAUCCCACCGCUCUCGCUCCUCUGGCUGCGCCUCAAACUGCAGGAGCCCGAGGCCUACAAGCGCGAGUCCAUGCGCGACACGACGACGCCGUACUGGCUAGCGCUCAAGUACUACGGCUUCCGACUCUUCGUUGUCUCACUCAUCUGGUUCAUCUACGACUUCUCGGCCUACGCCUUUGGCAUUUACAGCUCGACCAUCAUCUCGAACCUGCUCGGCAGCGACGAGCGGCUGUGGAAGUCGUUCGCGUGGAACGUGCUCAUCAACUUCUUCUACCUCCCCGGCUGCGUGCUGGGCUCCUUCCUGGCUGACAUCCCGUGGCUUGGCCCGAAGCGCACGCUCGCACUGGGCGUCAUACUCCAGGGAAUUGUGGGCUUCAUCAUGGCGGGUUGCUACGAGAGUCUCGAGAAGCCGGGGAACAUCGCUGCGUUCUGCGUCGUCUACGGCAUCUUCCUCAGCCUAGGCGAGAUGGGGCCGGGUGACAACAUUGGCCUGAUGGCCAGCAAGAUCAGCGCCACGAGCAUACGCGGCCAAUUCUACGGCAUCGCCGCCGCCGUCGGCAAGAUCGGCGCCUUCGUCGGCACCUGGGUCUUCCCCGUCAUCCAGGCCAACGCGCCCGACAAGACGCGCGAGGGCCAGGACCCGUUCAGGGUCGCGUCCGCGCUCGCCAUCUUCGCCGGCCUCGUCGCCCUCUUCCUCCUGCCCGACGUCGGCCAGGACACCAUCGACGAGGAGGACGUGAGGUUCAGGGAGUACUUGGGCAGGAACGGGUUCGAUACGGGGUUGAUGGGGUUGAAGGAGGCGGGGGGUGGGGUCGGGGUGGAGGGGGGGAAAGCGUAG